AUGGAAGCUGAAAACCCAGAUACCCAAGAUCUCAUUAUCCGAAUGAGAGAAAAACUUUGCCUUCGAACCUUGGACCGAUCGGUUCGGCUUGCAGCUGUAAUAUUUGCAGAUAAGGUCCCCCAUAAACCCACAACCAUUGACAUGUUGAAGAAAGCCUGGGCAUCAUUCGGCGAAGUGGGAAUCACUGCCAGGGAUGAGAGAGAUCCCACUGACCGCCUGUUUGCAGUCACUGUUCAAAAUGAGGAAGCAGCUAGAAAUAUAAUGGAGAAUUCACCAUGGUCAAUUAAGGGUUACUCAGUCCACAUUCAAAAUUGGCCUAAACACCUUGCCAUUGAGGAGCUGCCCACUAACAACAUCGCGGUUUGGAUCCAGAUGAGGGGUGUUCCCCCAUAUAUGUUCUCUGUCAGAAAUGUAGAAGAAAUGGUGGAACACUUUGGUGAGUUCAUCAAAAUGGACGACCCGCUUGAAAGUGGAGAAGGUACUUAUUGCUUCCUUCGAGUCCGUGUCGUGCUUGAUGCUAGAAGGCCAUUACCCACUGGAUUCACUCUUCCAAGAGAUGAUGGAAGCCCCUCCUGGGUUGAAUUUAAGUUUGAAAAGUUAUCUCGAUUCUGUUUCUGCUGUGGCCGUCUUGGACACAUUGAAACCAUCCAGACCCCUUGCCCGAACAGUGAAGAACCAAGGCCAGAAGGCAUUGUCUAUGGGGAGUGGAUGAUAACUAGUGCAUUCCGGCGACCGUGA